CCCACACCACUGUCACAUUUCUCGUGACGUCACUACCGGAAGUAAACCCCGCGGUGGCUGAACUUUAACCCUUGACCUACUAAUAUUACAAAUGUGCCGGAGAGAGAGAAAGUAUGGACCAGCAGGGCGAUAAACAAGGAGCCGAGAGACCUAAACCCAUAACUGUGAUUGGUUUUGAAGGCAGUGCUAACAAGCUGGGUGUGGGGAUUAUUCGGGAUGGAGAGGUGUUGUCCAACCCCAGACACACCUACAUCACUCCUCCUGGGCAAGGGUUCCUGCCCAGAGACACAGCCAAGCAUCACCAGGCCCACAUACUGGAUGUGUUACAGCAGGCUCUGGACAUAGCCAAGGUCAAACCACAGGACAUCGACUGUGUGGCUUAUACAAAAGGACCAGGAAUGGGAGCUCCCCUUGUUUCCACAGCUGUUGUGGCGAGGACGGUGGCACAACUCUGGAACAAACCAUUACUGGGGGUGAACCACUGUAUAGGGCACAUCGAGAUGGGACGACGAGUCACAGGUGCUGUGAAUCCAGUUGUCCUGUAUGUGAGCGGAGGAAACACUCAGGUCAUCGCGUACCAGCUGAAGAGGUACAGGAUCUUUGGGGAGACCAUCGACAUCGCUGUGGGUAACUGUCUGGACAGAUUUGCUAGAGUGCUCAAGAUCUCCAAUGAUCCCAGCCCAGGAUACAACAUAGAACAGAUGGCCAAGAAGGGGGAAAAGCUCAUCGACCUACCGUAUGGUGUGAAGGGCAUGGACGUAUCGUUCUCUGGGAUCCUCUCGUACAUCGAGGACGCGGCACAGACGCUGUUAGACUCCAGACAGGCCACACCAGAAGACCUGUGCUUCUCCCUGCAGGAAACCGUGUUUGCGAUGCUGGUUGAGAUCACGGAGCGAGCAAUGGCCCACUGUGGUUCUGAGGAGGUGCUGAUAGUGGGAGGGGUGGGGUGUAACGAGAGGCUGCAGGAGAUGAUGGGUAUCAUGGCUGCUGAGAGGGGAGCUAAAGUAUUUGCUACCGAUGAAAGAUACUGUAUUGACAACGGAGCCAUGAUUGCGCAGGCAGGGUGGGAGAUGUUCCGUACUGGCCACACCACGGCCCUGGAAGACUCCUGGUGUACGCAGAGAUUUCGUACAGACGAGGUGGAAGUCACGUGGAGAGAUGACUGAGGAGAACGAAUGUAAAGACUGUUCGACUUUAAACGUAUAACUGUUGUAACCUUGUUUCGAUCCAUUUCUUUUUGGAAGUCAAACUGUGAUAUUGAUGUACAGGCAUGCCAAAAUGCUUCUACUCAUUGACAAGCAACUGAAUAUGAUUUUGGAAAUGGUCAGAUGUUUCAGACAGCUGCCCAGUGUUUUUCACCAGUGACACUGACCAUUUUCAAAACUUCAGAACAAUUCCCAAACCAUGUCCAGUUGCUUGAGUAACUGCUUUUUGGCAUAUCUCAUUACCUGGAUGUCUAACCUACACAGUACACAGGCAUCUUCGGGUGGGAAAUGAUAUCUUGUAAAGUUUUGAUACUUCAUGAUUUUCAACAUUUUUUAGUUUUUAUUGAUCUAUGUAGAAAUUGUAUGAUGUGCACUUUGUUUUUUUGCUUCAGAUCUGAUGUAUACUUGAACCUAAAUGCAAAAAAAUGUCUGAAUACUUUUGUGAGUAACCGAAGCUACUCUCCAAGCAGAGGGUAGGCUCUUGCUGUCUGUUUAGUCGUUUUUAUCGGGCUUUCUAUUUUGUCAUUUUUCUUCAAGUACGCCAGCUAGUUAGGUUUUGACACAGCAAGAUAAAA